UUAAUGUAAAGAGCUCAUAUUGAACAGACAAAGUGCAAUUCAGGAUCAAAUGAAAAGAGGGAGACGGUGGCUCCAAUUUAACAAGAAAAUACUUUAUGCUUCCAGAAAAAACAAUUUCUACGUGGAAGAAAACGCGUACGCGUCGUUUAUACAUCUGACCCCGGGAGUCAACCCGUGGUCGGUGAAGCGAGUCGGACUCUGCAGUCUCUCUCUCUCUCUCUCUCUCUCUCUGUCCCUCCCUCCCUCCCUCCCUCUUUUCCUCUCAGCACUCGUCGUGAGGGGUCCUUGAUCGCCGCUUCUCUCUCAUCCCCGCCGCGCUACUCCCCCGGUGUCAACUUUCCCUAAAGGAGGCGGAUCUUUCCACAUCCCACCAAAUAAAGUGAGCCACCGCUUGGCCUGGAACUUAAAGCAGGAGUCGGUGCUAUUUUGUUUUCUGUGUUGGCUCAGGACGCGCCUCGGUGCGCCACCAAAAUGGAUCGCAGAACGUGUCCCGUGCGCCCGCCCCGGUGUCCUGCCGCCGGGACAAACUGACAGACUGAACCCACACCUGCACUCACUUCCCGUUUUCUGCUCUCCUCCAGCGUGCGGCUGUGGGUUCCUGCGUGCCUCCGCUCGGGAGAUAAAACAAAAGCGGAGAUUCAUUCCUCAGCCCAGCGGAAGGACGUGGACAUACUGUAGCUGAAAGACAAGAGGGGGGAUGUAGCUGUUUUGUUUUUUAAAUAAGGACAUCGCAAACCGCAGGGACGCGGAAGGGAUGGACGCCUUCACGGACUAAAAGGCAAGAGUCAAGAAAGUCUGUCCGACGUGCACGUGAAUGCAACAAAACACUCGGUCAGCUCUUCUCACAUGGAGAUCAAAUCGGCAUUCGGCAAGGGCAGAUGGAUGAUGCUGAUCCCUCACUCCGGAGGUGUGGAGUGACAGAUGACAGAGGGACUGAUACAGCAGGAGAGAAAGACGGGAGGUAGCGUCGACAGGGUCGCCGCCGGCGGUAAAGGAAAACAACGGCAAAGGUCAGGCGCUUCGAUCAGGAGGCGAGGAGGAAUCAGCCUGAUCAUCAACUCUGACCUGAAAGGAGAUAAGCCUCUAGCAGCAACUUUGAUACGUCCAACUGAUUGAUGCUCAACGGCAAACCAGCUAGAAAAGAUCUGGCAGCAGGAGCAGGCGGCAGCCAUGGAUUUAAGUAACAUAAUUUCCCACUCUAAAUUAGAAACUCUCAAACUCCCUGAUCCAUCAAGAGGUGGAUGUGACUGAAUACCACGAAGCGACAGGGGACGUUUUGGCUCAGCGUACACCUCGAGAACUCGUCGCCAGUAGCUUACUGGCAAGAAAUGGCUACAGAUUCAAACUACAGGGAACAGUUUCGGGGGGUUUGCAGCUAGCAAGACUUUACUGGAAUAUAAUCAAGAGCGCUUGCAGCUAUUUCCUCCCAAUCCCAGCUUCCCUGCCACCUCCCAUCCCCAAGGUUUCAUAGUCCCUGUUUUUCCACUUCCCUCAGACCCUGUUUUCAUCAGUUUGUCCUUAUUAAUGAUGAUCUGUUGGUAGAAAGAGUCCAUUUGAGAAGAUACACAUCAAAACUCUUCGGAUAAGUCCCUCUCAUGCUGAGUGCGUCUCUCUCUCCACCUUCUUCUUCCUUCUGCUGGUGAGGAAGGUGAAUUAAAACUCCCUCUGUCAGCCUCUGGAAGGGUAAGGGUCUCUCUCUGGGAUGGGCGGCCCAGCGAGGUCUCUUCUUGGCGGGUUCAGCACCACUACGUCUUCCCUUGAGGUCGGAGGGAGGAUGGCUUGGCCAAGCAACAACCCCCUGGACCUCAACCAAACGCUGCCAUGGGGCAUAGGGCUUGGAGGCAGCAGUGGAGGUGCGGCAGCCAUGAGUGCAGGUCCGGACAAUUUCACCCUGGAGUCCGUCACCAGGGGGGCGGUGAUGAAAGAGAAAAACUGGCCGGCGCUGCUCAUACUCGUCAUCAUUGCACUGACGAUCGGUGGCAACAUCCUGGUGAUCCUGGCAGUGUCACUGGAGAAGAAGCUCCAAAAUGCCACCAACUUCUUCCUGAGGUCACUGGCCGUGGCUGACAUGCUCGUAGGCAUCCUGGUCAUGCCGAUCUCCCUCAUCAACAUCCUCUAUGACUAUGCCUGGCCUCUCCCCAGCGCCCUCUGCCCAAUCUGGAUCUACCUGGACGUGUUGUUCUCCACCGCCUCCAUCAUGCACCUGUGCGCCAUCUCCCUGGACCGAUACGUCGCCAUCCGCAACCCCAUAGAGCACAGCCGCUUCAACUCCAGAACCAAAGCCAUGAUGAAGAUCGCCGCUGUCUGGACCAUAUCAAUAGGCGUGUCGAUGCCUAUCCCAGUGAUCGGCCUCCACAACGAGGACAAGGUCUUUGUCAAUGGCAGCUGUGCCCUCAACGAGGAGCGCUUCAUGCUGAUUGGCUCCUUCGUGGCCUUCUUCAUCCCACUGGUCAUCAUGGUGGUGACGUACUGCCUCACCAUACAGGUGCUCCAGAGGCAGGCCACUGUCUUCCUGUACGAGGCAAAGACUUCCUCCCAGCAGCCUUUGCACACACCAGCAAUGACAAAUACCUUACAGCCUCCACCCACCACCUUCCACCUUCCUCAGAUCAACACACUCGCCCCUUCUGACUCACAAGAGUUAAAGCCCCCGCCUCCUCAAAGCAGACGAAACACCUUGAGCUGUCUGAAAACAGCGGAGCUGCUCAGUGCCUCGACGCCAGACGGCAUAAGCAUCAUUCCCAGCUCUGAGGUGGCGUCUCAGCUCAGCUCGCCAGCCGCGGGGCCAUCGCGGAGCGACGCGUCGGGUUGCCAUGGGCGACGGGGGAUGAUGCAGGCCAUAAAGAACGAGAGGCGGGCCUCCAAGGUUCUGGGAAUCGUCUUCUUCCUCUUCCUCAUCAUGUGGUGUCCCUUCUUCAUCACCAACGUCACCUUCGUCCUGUGCCGGGGCUCCUGCAAUGAGACGCUGCUUCAUGACCUCCUCAACGUCUUCGUCUGGGUGGGCUACAUCUCCUCCGGGGUCAACCCCCUGGUCUACACCCUCUUCAAUAAGACCUACAGGAGAGCGUUCUCCAGCUACAUCAGGUGCCAGUACAAUGUGGGGGCCAACGCAGCCGGACAGAGCUGCAAAACCCUCCUGGUCCCCCCACCGUGCCCGUCGCACACCGUGACCCCUCUUCUGAUGGGCGGUCACGGGAAGGCGGGCAUGGACCGCAAUAGUAACUGUCGCAACGGCGGCAGGGGGGACAACGGAAGGCUUACGGUAGACCCUGAGGACAUGACAGAUGACGGGACACAAAUCGGAAUAGUGUCACAGAGCCUCUCGGAAUGCCACAACGUCGGCAUGCUUUCGGAACCGGAGGCGGAAACUGAGGUGGAGCAGGAGUUGUCGCUCAUCAGCUACAGCCCCACCUCCAGAGAACACACAAGUAGCGUGUGACUGCGUGUUUCUGUUGUUGUUGUUAUGUCUUCUUUUUAACCUGAACACUCUGGGUAACGUUUCAACGAGCAGGUCAUGGGAGCCCAAGGCAUUUGACUGGCUGUAAGUGGGCGCCGUUGUUGUGAAAGGACUGGUCUCGGCCGAGGAGACUUAUCCCCACACUGAAGUGCACUGCUUAAACCAAGAGAGAGGUUAACCUGUAAGAUGAAAAAGUUUUGGAAUGAAAGCCAAUAUUUCAGAUGUGCUUGUUUUCUACACGGUGUCCAAAUGUUGGUUUUCAUACCGUAAACGGCGAAUGAAAGCUUGAAAGCUGUGCUGCGCGGUCACAAAAUGUGGCAAACGUCAUGGCAACUGAGGCAGCAGCUGAGCUCCAGACAGACAGGGACUCAGUGGACGUGAUGAGAGACGGUCAGUGAACACAUUACUUUCAUUGUUAACCUGGUAUGAAGUCAAGCGACCCUCCACGGAGUCCCACUGAUGCAGGUGAUGGAGUCAAGCGCGGAGAUCGUCGGGGCCAAACUACUUCUCCAAGCCUUCACAUUCAGAGUCAAAAUGCAGUCCGAGCUCUGGUUUAUGUGGGUCCUCUCCACACCGGGCAAAACUAAACCAAAUUUAUUUUUGUGUCGCUCAAGCUUGACAGCAACAGUCAUAAAAUCUAUCUGAAUGGACCUUUCCAGCAUGUAUAAUCAAACUAUUCAGCCGGCAGAAAAUGGGAUUUUUCUCUGAAGGAGACUUGCUCAAGGCUGCAGUCAAAGGUUUUGCCUGAGGGGGCCAAAAUGAAGGAAUGUACAAACGACCACUGGUCUCUGGUGGACUCACAGUGCCAUCUGGUGGUGGCAUGACGCAGAGAGGUCGCUUCCCUUGGAUUCAACAAGGGGCUAAAAGAGCUAAAAAAAAAACACGGCACAACUGUCAGGCUGUUGCUUCUGUUGACCAAUACAUCCACUUUGGACAGAGUUAAAGUCCCGACUUCUAAAGGUUUCUACUGGCAGCAAACAAUAUAGUUUCAAAUGAAAGGGAGCAAUCUAAAAGUAAAAAUGUGAAAAAUAUUGAUUUAAAAAGGUUUUUAAUAUAUAAGGGUGCACAAAGGUUCCUAAGAUGUCAUUUAUAAAGUAAACGAAAUAUCUCAAAUGUUUAGAUUUUAGCCGCCGCUUGCUGUCAUUAUUUUCAUUUCAUUAGACUUCACUGAUUCAGCCCCACAAAACAACGUAAAACUCAAGCUCUUCCUCAGCUGUGAUCAAACCACACUCACGUUUAUUUUCCCACUUUAUUUGAUCCAUCAAACAGACAUAAACGCCUGACUGAAGACCUCUUACUGAUGUCGCAGCGUGCUGUAAAUCCAUUUCACGGGUGAAAAGGGGACCAACAAAGGAUUUAAGGUUUGGAGUGAAAUGAAAGCAGAGACCACACGUGUUAAACCUUUAAAACUGAAUAUUUCCCACAUCGGACGAACAGCCAAAUUCACUACAUGCAUCUGUAGUUUGUCCCCACAACAGAACACUUAAUAUGCAUUUCAUAUCAGCAGAUGACUUUUCAGGACAUCCACAUCGUAUGGCUGUUUGAGCUUCAGAGCAUCGUCUCUGAGGGACAGAGCAGUUCUCUGUCAUUUCCAUCAUUUGCUUUUUUAAAAAAUUAGAGAUUUUUAUUCAAGGUCAGCCAUUAGAUAUCAGUCUUUUCUUUUCUCCAAAAGAAAAAAAAACCCUCCCUGAGCUGCAUGAUUUCCAGUCGUGCUUCGGGCCACACUUGCUAAAACGGCACCAUGAAAGCCACAGAGGACAGAACGAACAUUUAAGCUUAAAUUUAGGUGAUGAGCUUCGGGUUGAAAAAGGCUCCUGUCAGAGCACCGCUGUUACUUUCGCAAUAAUGAUUUUUUUUUUUUUUUUUUUUUUUAAUAAUGAAGAGCUUGCCGAUGUCUCCACCCCAAUGGGCACAAUCUCUAAAUGAUCUCUGGCUGCUUUGCAAUCUGUUCAGCUUGAGUCACCAAAACCCAAAGUGCGACUCAAAGACCAAAAACCUUUAGAUUUCAUCUGUCACGUAAAACGGACAGAAAGUCAAUACACUAAGAGACAAACCCUGGACUCCAUCAAGACGGGUCACCGACCCUCACUUAUCUUUCACGCUGCCUUUCUCGCCCUCCUUCCACACACAUUUUAUCGACGUCUGACAGUCGGCGUAAUUCCUCCGCGCUGCGUCUCCAUCAGCUGAAAUACCUGCAAAAUGCUGCCUUUGGGAAAGAUUUCGUGUUUGUUUAGGUUUUAAAGGGAAGAGACCACAGUGGCAAAACUUUCUUAACAACAAAUUCACCUCUUAGGAGAUUAUAUAGGAGUUUUAGCUGGAAACUUGCAUGCCUUUAGUGAUUUGCUUUGUAGGCUGAGCUCAGCAGAGCUAACAGAACUACGGUGAUUAAAGUAACAUUUUAAGAGGUCGCUUAAAGGAGGAUUUCCACCAGUUUUACACAUCAGGUUAAGUUUACUCUGGGGAGGCUUUCCAAAAUUUGGAAAAAGAAAAAAAUGUGAUGUCAUAAUGAUGUCAUCAAGGUAAUCUCGAUUUGAUCGUGAGAUUAUUUUUAACAGAAAGCCUUCCUCAAAACUGGAGAUCUGAGGAUUGAAAGAUGUGGGCGUUUGGGAGACAGGAAGGGGUUGUAAUGAAAGAUACUAUUGAAAUGUAGUAUUUUGAGCACAUUGACCCAUACUAGAGACUAGAAGUCUCUAUACCUCAGCCUCUGCUGCUUUGAUUUCAACCGGUCUUUGUUAAAUCUGUCUUUUCUAAUCCUUUAACUUUACGGAAGUGCAAUACUGGUAAUAGUUUUGCUGACAACAUGGCUGUUGUCGCGGUUGUUGCUUACCCCAGUGAUCAAUAAUUCACUCUGUUAAUAAUCCCUUCAGCCGCAGAACAGCCAGAAUAACAAACAUAUGAAUGUACAACCCAACUCCCUUUUAUUUUUUUAGUCAGUCAUCUCCCCUUCAAGGUCAAAGAGCAAAGGUCAAAGCCUGCAGUGGACCAAUCAGAUGCAGAACCCAAGCUCUGCAGCCGCCUCUGCGUGCGAUUAGAAUGAAACAUAAGAACUGGGAGUCACUUCAUUCUAAUUCGAUGCAUCUCUGUAUACUUUAUCCAGUAUUUGUAUGCUACAGACUUACACAGUGGUCAUUCGGGCCACUUUUCUCUCUGCAAGGAGAGGUCUACAUGAGCUAACGUCGGCCAGCCCAAGCACCAAGGUUUGGCCUACAAAUAUCGUGCAUGUUUGAAGUGAUGUUCAAAAGGUCCUCUCUGCCUCGCACAGUUUUUUUUUAGUUUGUUUGUUUGUUUUUUGGGUUUUUUUGGUUCUCUCUUUAAGACUCGGAAGGGAUGAAACAGAGCAGGAGGGAAAGGAAGAACAAAGAAAGAGCAGUCGACAAAAUCCUGCAGGCUUUUCGUCUUUAUCAGAAUGCAAAACACCAACAUAAAUAACAGAAACACAGAGAAAACAACGGAGAAGAGAGGACUCUCUGAACUUGAAUGGGUCGUGUUUGAUCCAUCCAGGUGAGGGCAAGCAGAGAGCUAAAGCCGGGCCAGCCAACUCAGUAUGUCGCAAUGUAAUAACUGUAUGUUUCCCGUGUACCUGUGUGUGUACCAGACCUGGCUCAAAUUGCUAUCUGAGAUUGAUGCAGUAACUUUUUCUCGGUUUUUAUCGAUUGCGUCUGGCACAAUGAAUUGAAUGGGGCUGUCCCUGCAGAUGCCAAUUCUGUCCGCUGCGCCGUGCAGACAGAUGAAAGCAAUCACUUGGAGAAAGUAUCUGGAAGGAUUUCAACUAAUGAUUCGAUCCAAGUCUGGUGUGUAUAGAAAUAGCUGGAGCCGUUUAUUGACAGAGUUUCAUUUUAAUACCUUUCAGGGGGCAAGACAACAGCGCUUUGUGUAGGAACUACUGCAGAAAUUCAUGUAGUACAUUUGGAAAUGGUCUAUGAGUGAGUGAGUGAGGUGCUUCAUGCUCAAACGACUGAAGCAUUUGCACAAGCUUAAAGGAAAGGCCCACCCAGAAAUGCUGACAGGAAGUGGCAAAAUGCGCAUUUUGUGUUUUCUGACAUAUUUUGGAAAAUGCAUUCAUGCGUUAUUUUGUUUAUUUAUCUUAUUUUUUGGUGAGAAUUAGUAACUGAGAGGAGUGAUACCCCUCUCAUGGAACCCGGGGCAUGGUUAGCCUAGCUUAGCAUAAACACUGGGAACAGCUAGUCUGGCUCUGUUUUGUGUUGGAACUGGCCAGCAUUUUUACACUUUGGUUUUUGUACAGUUUCAACAAAUCAAAUGUUACAUGUCGUUUAGUGCCGGGCUAACUUUUUCCCUUCGCUCCAUGUCUCUAUGCUAAGCUGACCGACUGCUCAUAUCUACAGCACAAACGUAAGAGUUAUCAAUCAACUUUCUGAUCAGGCUCUUAGCCAAAAAGCCAUUAAGCUUAUUUCCCCAAAUGCCAAACAAGGUAAUGAAACUGAUAACGGAAUGAGGGGUAAAUUUCAACAGUGCUGAGCUAAUCAGUCAGAUGAUCAAAGAGUGGAUUUUUCCUCUGAAUCGUCUCAGAUCCAGCACUUUAAACAGGAGAACUGACAAGAUCGUACACUCUUAAAGUACACAAACUUUUUCACACCGUCCUUUAACCCUUCAUCUGUCUCCUCUAUCAUCUUCUCAAACAUGUAACUCUGUCACUAAACGUCUCUGAGAGUAGCCAGAGCUGCAGGUUGUCCAAGAGUUUGGCAAACCCGGCUUCUCCACUGCACCGUCCCUGCACUAAGCAUUGGACCCGAGGUGGCCUACUGAUCUGCGCCGACGCAGAUCGGUUGGCCGGUCUGUCUCGCUCUUGUAUGAUCUGGCGCUCAUGGCUUAGCUAUCUUUUCUUACGUGUUGAACCUUCCUCUGUUAUGUAGUGGCUUUUUUCUUUUUUAAAAAAAAAUGCCAUUUUAAUUGUGAACGUUUGUCUACGCCACAUCUUCUUAAGUUUACGCCAUCAUCCACACAAUGUAUAUUUUCUUUUUUCUUCUGUGUGAUGCUGCUAUUUAUUUAUUAAAAUAUUAUUCUAACGUG